AUGUCGUGCCACGCCAAAACACACCAACCACACCACAUCACAUCCCGCCAUGCCACACCACACCAUGCCAUGCAAUGCCACCCCACCCAACCCCACACCACCCCAACACACACCACACCACGCCACGUCACGCCACACCACACCAUGCCAUGCCAUGCCAUGCCACACCACCCAACCCCACCCCACCCCACCCCACCCCACGCCACGUCACGUCACGUCACGCUACGUCAUGUCACGCCACGCAUCGCACGCCAUGCCAUGCAAUGCCAUGCCACACCAUGUCACGCCAAACCUCGCCACGCAACACCACGCCACGCAACACCACAUCACGCCACACCACACCAAACCACGCCAUGCCUAGCCAACCUACGCCAUGUCAAGCCACACCACACCACACCACGCCAUGUCACGCCACACCACACCACACCACGCCACGCCACGUCACGUCACGCCACGCCACGUCAUGUCACGCCACGCCACACCAUGCAAUGCCAUGCCACACCAUGUCACGCAAAACCUCGCCACGCAACACCACACCACGCCACACCACAUCACGCCACACCACACCACACCACGCCAUGCCAAGCCAAACUAUGCCAUGUCACGCCACACCACACCAUACCACGCCAUGUCACGCUACACCACACCACACCACGCCAUGCCAAGCCAAACUACGCCAUGUCACGCCACACCACACCAUACCACGCCAUGUCACGCCACACCACACCACGCCAUGCCACGCCAAACCACACCACACCACACUUCCAUACCAUACCGUACCGUACUGUACAGUACCGUAGCGUACCAUACAAUAUCAUACCAUAA